UUACACCAGUUUACAAAGUUUGAUGAGUUUUGUUUCAGAUUGCUUUUUGUUCGUUUACAAAUCCAUUUAUUUAAGUUCGUUGUAUUACACCUUAUUACGUCAUUACACGAGUUUACCAGUGCGAAGCCAGAAAGUGACAUGGAUGUCUCUGGUUUAUUCAAUUAAACCGGUUGGUUUAGUUCAGAUUUGGUUAUAUUCUUAGUGUAACGAGAAAAAAAACAAAAGUAACGGAUGACUAUGGCGUCGAACUACUACUCUGCUCAGAUAAAGCAAUGCAUUGGGAUGGGAGCUAGAAAUCAGAGUCGCCAUGUGAAGAUGAUCCACGGGAACAUUAUCAGAGCUCUUCCUCAUCCAGAGACGUUUUUGCAUAACAACAUUGUCCACGCGUAUGCUGUAAUCAGAAGCUCCACGUAUGCACGCCGAGUGUUCGACGGAAUUCCCCACCCAAACCUUUUCUCCUGGAACAAUCUUCUUUUGGCUUAUUCAAAAUCUGGGCACAUCUCAGAGAUGGAAAGUACCUUUGAGAAACUUCCCGAUCGUGAUGGUGUCACUUGGAACGUUCUCAUUGAAGGGUACUCCUUGAGUGGGCUGGUUGGUUCAGCUGUCAAGGCUUAUAAAACGAUGAUGAAAGAUUACUCUUUUAAUUUGACUAGGGUUACGUUGAUGACAAUGCUGAAACUUUCUUCUAGCAAUGGAAAUGUUAGUUUGGGCAAGCAGAUUCAUGUUCAGGUUAUCAAGCUUGGGUUUGAGUCUUAUCUUUUUGUUGGGAGCCCAUUGUUGGAUAUGUAUGCAAAACUUGGUUUUAUCUCUGAUGCAAAGAAGGUCUUCUACGGGCUAGACGAUAGAAACACGGUUACGUACAACUCGUUGAUGGGAGGGCUUUUGGCAUGUGGGAUGAUCGAUGAUGCACUGCACUUGUUUCGAGGAAUGGAGAAAGAUUCAGUUUCUUGGUCAGCGAUGAUCAAAGGUCUUGUUCUAAAUGGACUGGAAAAGGAGGCUAUUGAAUGUUUCAGAGAGAUGAAAAUAGAAGGCUUGAAGAUGGAUCAGUAUCCUUUUGGAAGUGUUCUACCUGCUUGUGGGGGAUUAGGAGCAAUUAACGAAGGGAAACAGAUUCAUGCUUGUAUAAUCAGAACCAAUCUUCAGGAUCACAUAUAUGUAGGCAGUGCUCUCAUUGACAUGUAUUGCAAGUGUAAGCUUUUACAUUAUGCAAAGACUGUGUUUGAUAGAAUGAAGCAGAAGAAUGUCGUGUCUUGGACAGCGAUGGUUGUGGGUUAUGGCCAGACCGGGCGUCCUGAAGAGGCUGUUAAAAUUUUCCUUGAUAUGCAAAGAAGUGGAAUUGACCCAGAUCAUUAUACUUUGGGACAAGCGGUCAGUGCAUGUGCCAACAUAGCUAGCUUAGAAGAGGGCUCCCAGUUUCAUGGAAAAGCGGUAACGUCUGGCCUAAUACAGUAUGUCACUGUUUCAAAUUCAUUGGUGACUCUGUAUGGAAAAUGUGGAGAUAUUGAUGAUUCUACUAGGCUGUUCAGCGAGAUGAAUGUCAGGGAUGAAGUCUCUUGGACUGCAAUGGUUUCCGCGUAUGCCCAAUCUGGAAGGGCCAUUGAGGCUAUUCAGUUGUUUGACAAGAUGGUACAACAUGGACUAAAACCUGAUGGAGUGACUUUGACUGGUGUUAUUUCAGCUUGCAGUAGGGCAGGAUUAGUGGAGAAAGGACAGAGAUAUUUUGAGUUAAUGAUAAAUGAAUAUGGAAUAGUGCCGAGUAAUGGCCAUUAUUCUUGCAUGAUCGAUCUCUUUAGUCGAUCUGGAAGGUUAGAGGAAGCCAUGCGCUUCAUAAGUGGGAUGCCUUUUCCUCCAGAUGCAAUUGGUUGGACUACUUUACUCAGCGCAUGUAGAAACAAAGGUAAUUUGGAAAUAGGUAAAUGGGCGGCUGAAUCACUCAUAGAAUUAGAUCCUCAUCAUCCUGCUGGCUACACCCUAUUAUCAAGCUUAUAUGCUUUAAAAGGGCAAUGGGAUUGUGUGGCCCAAUUAAGGCGAGAAAUGAAAGAGAAGAACGUGAGAAAAGAACCUGGACAGAGUUGGAUAAAAUGGAAAGGAAAAUUGCACAGUUUCUCAGCUGAUGACGAGUCAAGUCCAUAUUUAGAUCAGAUAUAUGCUAAGCUCCAGGAAUUGAACCAAAAAAUCACAGGUAAUGGUUACAAACCAGAUACCAGUUUUGUCCACCACGAUGUUGAGGAAGCUGUUAAAAUAAAGAUGCUUAACUAUCACAGUGAAAGGCUUGCAAUUGCUUUUGGAUUGAUAUUUGUACCCUCAGGCCUACCUAUUAGAGUGGGAAAAAAUCUUAGAGUGUGUGUGGACUGCCACAAUGCUACUAAACAUAUCUCCAGCGUCACUGGUAGAGAGAUACUUGUCAGAGAUGCUGUUAGGUUUCACCGUUUUAAAGAUGGAACUUGUUCAUGCGGAGAUUUCUGGUAGUUUUCAUCUGGGGAUUUUCAUGAUGACUGUCUAUUGCUAAUCUGAUAAAUCAAAACAGAUCAGGAAGAUUCAGUUGUACUGUCAGUCAGUUAACUUGGAUAAUGAGCUGCUUCAUCAGCUAUCCUGGGCAUAAAGAAGCGGAACAAGAUUCUGAGCCUGAUUAGGUGAAUUGGCUGAGGGAUACAGGGUGCAUUCAUAUAAUUUGACUGCAACAUCGACGGAGUUGGAAAACAUGAAUGGUACAUCAUUUGGAGCUCGUACAGUGUAGUUGUGAAUCUCACUAAGAUGCCAACGAGACCUUCCAGAAAAUUUCAGUUGCAUAUCUGCUUGUUCUUCACUUCUUUGAAUCAGAUGGAUUGCAUGCAGAAUUUUUAUGAGGCAGUUUAGCUUAAACAGCAUGCUUUUCUGUUAUAUGAUUUGCUUCUAUUGGGCACUGGAUAAGAUUUUCUGGCUGGCCUCUAGUUUUACAUAGUCUCUCUGAUAGCGUGGCCAAUGUAGGGGGUAAGUGCUAUCAGAAGUUUUAAUGCCCCAACCCCCAAUUCUUCAUGAGGAUUGUUGAUGAGUUCUAUCAUGGCAAAGCUUGCGUCGGUUUCUUUGAUCACUGAGAAAAUUGUUGCCAUUGCUUCAGGGUAAUUUGGACAAGGAUAGGAGAAUCCUGAUCAAAUCAAUGUUAAGAGCAUCUGGGCUUGAGUUCUUGAGCAUGUGGAUGAUGUUGUAUACAAAGUAAUCCGAGCCUAAUGUGUGCCCAUGAGUAUUCACCUCAAAUGUCUCAUGUUCCAGCCCAGAUUCCAGUAUGUUUGCAAGCAUUGUUGCAGCUUCAUUCCUGGAGUUCAUCAGAUCACUGAAUAUUCGCUUGGUGAACAUCUCUUCGACCAUGAUCUUGAUGAUGCCAACUUCUACUAGUAUCUGGUUGUUGGGGUGAUACAAUGAAAUAUGAGCAAGUGCUUUGAAGGCGGCUCUUCUAGCGUCAAUAUUUUCACAUUGCACCAGCCCAAUGAGCGCAGGGCAAGCCUUCUCAGCUACGUAAGUUUUUUUCUCAUGUCCAAUAUCGAUUCCCACAAGGUACGCAGCCAACGCCACCUGAGUCUCUUCGCUCCCUGCCACAUGUCAUUCGGAAGUAAACUGAUGUUAAUCAACAUCAAUUCUAUGCUUCACGAACUUUGGAGAGAAAAGCAUUAUGUAUUUACUUUGAAGAGGUUCCAAUAGUGCACUCUCUGCCAUUUGCUUGAUGUUCUCAGGACACUUCUCUAGAUAUUUUAAGAUUUGGUCUGAUGUUUCAGAUGCAAAGGCAUCCAACUCUCUGUUAUAUUUUGCGGUAACUAACAUCAAUAUCGCCCCCGUAGCAGUCCCAAUCUUCUCACAUCAUGUUGGGAUUUCGAAAGCUCAAGCAGUAAGGCUAGUGCUACAUGUCUUACAGGCUGGUGACUGCUUCCCAAUGCGUGAGAUAGUUA